UGGUAAAAAUGUGAAUAUAAAUUGUUGAAAUGUGGCAGAAUGACUCGUUGGAUUUGUUUUUUUCAGGCUCAUAUGAAAUUCCCUCCAGAUUAUCCAUACUCACCUCCAACAAUCCGUUUUCUUACAAAAGUCUGGCAUCCUAAUGUUUAUGAAAAUGGCGAUCUAUGUAUUUCUAUUCUUCAUCCACCCAUAGACGAUCCCCAAAGUGGUGAAUUACCUUGUGAGCGCUGGAAUCCAACACAAAAUGUUAGGACAAUUUUGUUGAGUGUGAUAUCCCUUCUUAAUGAACCUAACACAUUUUCUCCUGCUAACGUGGAUGCCUCAGUUAUGUAUAGACGGUGGAAGGAGUCUAGGGGAAAAGAUAAAGAAUACGAAAACAUAGUCAGGAAACAGGUGACGGCAAGUAGGUGUGAAGCCGAGAAGGAUAAUGUGGUUGUGCCAACAACUAUAGAAGAAUACUGUAUUAGGCAAAAACCAAGACCCCAAGAAUCGGAAGCGGACAUGACAGAUUUCUAUGUUGAUGAUUAUGGAGAUGAUCUGGAUGAUGACGAGGAAGAAGAGGAGGAGUUUAAUGAAGAUGAUGAGGAUUCAGGAAAUGAAGAGUCAUGAUGCUUCUCAUUUUAUUUUCUAGACUCAUGUCAUUAUUUUUUCACACAAAGUUAAAAUCAACAUAAAAGACAUGCAUCUCUAGGUUGACUCCUUACUCUUUCCAUGCAUGUCAAAUUUAAUGCUAAAUCUGUGCAUUAAUUGGCAAACAGUUAGUAUAUUAUCUCAAGUGGAAAUUAAAAUUAUCUGAUUCAUUUGCUAAAUUCAAUAAAACGGAAGCAUCGUGGUAGUUUUUCUGUAGCAAACCAAGUUAAAAUUAAUUAUAUUAAAUUUUUUAUACAUAAAUUUAGAGAUCUUAAAAUGCCUAAAUUCAAACAGACCCAGACUGUAUAUUUGUAAUACAAAAAACAAAACACUGUUGUUAAAUAGGAGAUGUAUAAUCUAAUUAACAUUAUAGUGUAAAUUAUAGUAUAAGCAGUGACUUUUUUUUUAUUUCAUUUAAAGCUUUAUUGCAUGAUAAAUAAAACUGUACAAGUCUUAUCUUGUAUAUUCUGCUAAUUUUAAAAUUUGUUAAGUACUGGAGAUAUAUUGGAUGUAAGGCUUUUUGCAUAUUUUUAUUAUGCCAGAUCUUUGUUUUGUUUGGAAAUACUGUACUAAUGUAUCUUCAUGUAGACUGUGUGUAGGUUAAAAUUUGAUGUUCUGAUUAGAAGUUUUGUGUGAUAAAUAAAGAUGUAAAGUUGUUAUACA